GGCUACUCCUAGCAUUAAUUCCACCCUAAUAAAUAAUGAAAGUGCAUUCUUUGUAUUUAGUUCCAAUUCUACACGAGAAUAUUCUCCUACCUUGAACUCAAGUUCAUAGACAGAUAGAGAGAAUGAGUGGAGAAGGGAAGGUGGUGUGUGUAACAGGAGCUUCAGGUUACAUAGCUUCAUGGUUGGUUAAGCUUUUACUUGAACAUGGUUAUACUGUCCAAGCUACUGUUCGUAACCCAGAUGAUCCUAAGAUAAAACAUUUACAUGAAUUCGAUGGAGCUAAAGAAAGACUUCAAUUGUUUAAGGCAAACUUGUUAGAAGAAGGAUCUUUUGAUUCUGCAGUUGAUGGCUGUGUAGGUGUUUUCCACACAGCAUCACCUGUACUUAUGACAGCCAAUGAUCCUCAGGCAGAAUUGAUUGAUCCUGCAAUGAAGGGAACACUUAAUGUUCUUAGGUCAUGUGUAAAAGUUCAGUCUGUCAAGAGAGUAGUUGUAACAUCUUCUCUAGCUUCAGUGAUAUAUAAUGGAAAGCCUCUUAACCCUAAUGUGGUGGUAGAUGAGACCUGGUUUUCAGAUCCAGCCUUUUGCAAGGAGUCAAAUAAUUGGUAUCCUCUUUCAAAGACCUUAGCAGAAGAGGCAGCAUUGAGAUUUGCAAAAGAGAAUGGGAUUGACUUGGUUACAUUACUUCCAGGAGUGGUAAUUGGUCCCAUCUUACAGUCAACACUUAAUUUCUCUGUGGAAGUGAUUUUCAACAUCAUAAAUGGAUCCCAAAUAUUCCCCAGCCCUUAUAGACUUGUUGAUGUUAGAGAUGUUGCAUUUGCACACAUUCAAGCUCUUGAGGUACCCACGGCGAAUGGCAGGUAUCUGUUGGUUGGUAGAGUUACUCACCUUGCUGAGAUUCUGAAGAUUUUGCAUGAAAAUUACCCAUCUUUCAACCUCCUGGAAAAAUUCAAAGCUGUGAAAGAUGGGCCAUCAUUCCAGGUUUCUAAAGAGAGAGCAAAGAGUUUGGGCAUCAACUUUAGGCCUGUGGAGGUUAGUCUUCAGGACACUGUUGAAAGCUUGAAGGAGAAAGGCUUUCUCCAAUUCUAAGAAGAUACCGAAAGCAACUGAUGCGAAGCAUUGAAAGAAAGUGUGUCAAUGGCCAAGCUACUAAUCAGAGGGCCAAUUAAACGAUGAAAUUGAGUUGUAUAUGCAAUUUACUUAAGUGCACAACCUCUUAAAUUAUAGCUUUUUAUGUAUCUAUAUCCAGCAGUGUAUCAAAUGACCAGUAGCUGCAAUAUUCUUGCUAAAUAAUGUACGCAAGACAUAGUUAAAUAUUCAGUAAGCAAAAAGAAAUAUGGCUCUACCCAAAC